AUGCAAGCUCGCUGUCGCGUAGCUGGCGAAGACUACGCUGUAGUAGUGCAGUCGAUUCAAGACUCUUUUCAAACCCAACUGCUUGACGUGUUCUGCGAGCGGCAGCUCAACGUGGCCUCUGCCGAUGUUACGGAAAUCAUGCUGAAAGCCGAGAUCGAGAACAUCGUCAGCAGCAUCAAGAACGACAAGUUGCCCGACAUCAAGGAGAAGCUCAAGAAAGAUAUACCCAUGAGCCGCGAGAGUGAUGCGAACGAGCUGAAACGCCAACAUGCGCGACUGAAGCGCGAUAAGCGAGAUGUGCCGGGCCACACCAAGGUCAAGCCCAAGUUCAACCAGCCUGAUAAGAAGAAGAAGAAUCGCUGA